GAAGGAGAGCCAUUCAGUGAGGUAAAGAAAGCUUAGGGUGACCUGAGGAAAUGAUUUAGAAUAGAGUAAUUUUAAACAAGCAAGCCAAGUCUAACGUUGGCUGUAAAUGGUGCAGUAACUGUUCCAGCUUUUAGAAUAUAGUCGAGAGGCUAAGAGCAAUUCGUCUUCUAUUCCCAUCGCCGGUAUAAAAAAACACAAAAGAGAAUAAAAAACAGCAACUUCAUUUUUAUUUCCAAACAAGCACAGGUUCAGCUACUAUGGGCCCGGCUACAAAGUGGGGAAAGUCAAGCCCAGGGGAGGCAGGUCCCCAGCCGGGUGGAGCAAGUAACAGGGCCGGGCAGUGAGUUGGCAGCCCGGCUGGGAGGGGACGAGAGAGAACUACAGCGCCAAGGAAGAAGAAAAUGAAGUAAAAGAUUUCCGAGAAGAAAUCGUAAGGGUGAAAAGCAGAGGCAAGCGGCUCAGGGAACGGCAGCACCCAAGAUGCAGAAACUUUGGGAGGGGAGGGAGAAACAGUAUUGUUGUAUUCCUGCUAACAACGUUGACGCGAUGUUACGGAAAUCGUUGGGGAGGACUCGCAGAUGACCAACCGCACAGGACCGUCCAACAAGAGGGGCGGCCAGGCAAUAAAAAAAGUUCAGUCAUUGUGAAUAACCACAACAGAUUGUCCUUGAUGGCAUGAGGGCCCUGCAAAGAAUGCUAACCAUUCCUAAGAGGAACGGAAGCACAAACAAACUCUGUCCUUUGAAUGACUGGCAACAUGAGUAAUCAACUUGCUUGGAGUAAACAGAUUGCUGUUAAUGGAAAGACUAAAAAGGAGCAUGAAACAUCUCAGUCGCUUGUUGCUUUUAAGAAUGCAAUGGAAGCAAAAGAAAGGACAAACGAUGUCCAGUGGGACUUGAAUGUACAAACUCUCAUUUCCUCUGCUAAAUGGCUUCAACUUUAUGGACUCAGGAAGAACAAGAUGACUUUUUCUCAGAUUUUUUCCCAAAUUGGAUUCCAGCACAAAGAAGACUAUGUCUCCAUCUUGGGGAAAAUCGUGGCUUCACGAUAUGCAGAUGGUCUGUAUCAUCAGUACAGGGCUAUAUCUGAUGGCAAAGUCUAUAAUCUGACAGCCAAAAAGAGCCUUCUUCUUAAUUUUGCAAAUCGUCUAACUGGAAUGAUUGAACUGUACAAACAAAGGAUGGACUGGUUAACCUCUGAAAGUCGACAGAUCUUUGGAGUAAUACAGGAACAGAAUAUCACCAUUGUUCUGGAUUUUGGAACGGCUUCUUUAAGUGAGUUCAAUCUCUGCCGAGAAGCACUUUCUAUGGUCUUAAAGCAGCAAGUGACCCAAAUUGAGAAAUUUAACUUAAUCCGGGUGGCUCAGGAUCUUGUGCCAUGGCAAGAGAAACCUGUUUUUGUUACAAAGGACUUUAUAGAAAAUGCCAUUGAGUGGCUCUGGAUGCUGGAAUACCUACCAGGUGUUUGUCACACUGGAUCUACAGAAGCAAUCUUGGAGGCCCUGUUUGAUCAUACGACAGAAGCUGUAUACUAUUUUGUCGUGGGUGAUAUACCAGAAUGCACAAAGUACUUGCUCAUACAGAAGAUCUCAAGAAGUCUAUGUCCAAUCCAUACCGUAUCUUUCAACGCUAAAGAAGAAGAAACAGUUGCUUUCUUGAAGGAUCUGAGUCAGCUAACCACCGGCAGGUUCCAUGCAUUUGCUGAGAGGACAGAUGAAGUGCUUGUGAUGGGCCCUUCACUCAGUAAGAAUGAGAAAGCUACUCUGAAUUCAAGAAGGCUGAAAGGAAGACUCCCUUUAGGAACUGGUGUCAGAGAAGAUGUCUACCUGAUUUGGAGGGAACUAGAGGAAGCCAAGAAUAUCUUAAUCCAGAUAGAGAAAAUUCUCAUAGAAUUUGAGAAGUCUAAAAGAGUGGCAGCAGAAGAAAUGGAUAAAACGGAAUAUGAGCCAGAAGUAAAAGAUUUUGUGAAUUCCAGAGAGUGGCUUCAGAAGAAUGGCUUGGAAGCCCAGAAUCUGACCAUACCUAGAGCUUUUUCUGAUUGUGCUUUCCGUCAUGUAAAUGGAAUUGUAGAUAUAAAAACCAAGCCAGAAGACGAAUCUCUUCAGACAAAUGCUGAGACAAAUAAAAAAGUAAUCCAUGCCAAAUACUGCAGCAAUUUUAUACGUACAGUCUUGGAAGAUGGGUCUAUAAUUCAUUUACAUUUGAAUGAAGAAAGAUGCAAGGAGUUUGAAAAUAAAGUGAAGAAUGCUCUUCAUCAGAUGGAAGAAAGAAUUCAGGACCUUAAGAAAGGAAGCCGAGCUCUCUUUGGAGAUGUCACAGAAGACCACAUCUGUAUCCUCAUUGAUGUGUCUCAGUCUAUGAUAUACAAACUCCCUGUGGUGAAGGAGAAGAUAUAUCAGCUCAUAAGAGAACAGUUUCAAAACAAAACCAGGUUUAACUUCAUUAAAUUUGAUGCUGAAGCAAUAGCCUGGAAAGACAGACUUGCUGAAGUUAAUGAAGAAAAUAUAGAAGAUGCUAUACUUUGGAUAAAACAACUUCAGGUUGGGACUACUACAAACAUACUGAAAGCACUUCAGAUUGCCUUUGCUGAUCGUGACACUCAAGCUAUUUAUCUUCUUACUGAUGGGAGACCUGAUCAGCACCCCAAUAGAAUUUUAGAUGAACUCAAACUUUGGCGGAACAUUCCAGUUCACACUAUAUCAUUUAACUGUGAUGAUACUGGAGCCAAUCAAUUUUUGCAUGAGCUGGCCAGCAGCACAGGUGGACGAUUUCACUACUACCAUAUUUGUCUGACAGAUCCGGAUUCCCCCAAACCUUUUGAGUGUGAGGACAUAUAUUUGGUUAGAAGAGAGAUAGAACGAGGAGAAAAACAACUGAACACAGUACAAUCCUUUUACACUGGCAGCGAUUUGAUGGAUUUGUUUAAUGGAGCAAAAAAUCUUCACGAUAAACAACCCAGGCAGACUUUUGCUACAAUCCCAGUAACCAUACAAAUUGAGGGACUGAACCCCUCAUCUCGAGCUAGGCCCUAUUCUGCCUUUGAAGAACCUGCAUCAGCUUCAUCAGAACCCGAUAUGGCAUUCUCUGAGAGUCCAACCACAAAGAAGAGAGUUUUAUAUGCAGAGCCAACAAAGAGUAGUAUGCUUAGAACUCAACGCUAUACAGCCAAGCCUUCUGAAAAAAGUCAAGAUGGAAAAGCUUCAGCUGAAAGAAAAGAACAGAAGAGCCCAAAACUUGAACAAAAGAUAAAGGACGAAUCUUUGGAUAUGCCUUCAGCUCAAUGGCUAAAGAUUCACGGUUUGGCUGCUAAGAGACUUACCAUAAUGGAUGCCUUAUCCCCAACAGCAGUUUCUCGUACAACAACUUACGUUCCAAUUUUAGAUAAACAUGUCGUUUCCAAAGUAUUUGAUGAUAUAUUCCCUUUCGCCCAUGUGAGCAGUGAUAAGAAAUGUGUCACCCUACUUAAUCCUCAAGCAGUAGAUCUUGAUGCCUACAAAAAGAAGGUGCAAGAAGCAAUAAAAGUGUAUGAAAGGCGCCUUGAUCAAAUUGUCUGGAAAGCAUUACCACAGAAGGAAAAAGAGAAAUUUGGACAGACUCAGCCAGUGUCCUAUGUGGACUGUAAAGAAUCUUUACUCGUAGCCUUAGCCAAUGCAAAUUGGCCUAUUGCCAAUCAGGAGCUUCUGAUGUUGGAAGAUGAGAUUCUAACAGCAUUAACAUACCUGCAACAGGCUUCUGAUCUUCAAAUAGCAUCCAAAGAGGAACCCCAGAGAAUUUGCCCACUCCACAUCUGUCCCACUAAAGAGGCAAAGAAACCAAAAACAAAAAUAUUUGAUUAUCUCAAAGGCCAAAAUGUAAUUGCAAGAUCAGAAUGCACAGGAUUUUAUUACCCAGGAACAGUGGUGAGGAGCAUCACAUCAUUUUAUGCACUCGUUGAUUUUGUUAAUGGGCAGACUGAGAUUGUCCCCUUGAAGUUCAUUUUGUUUAUUGGAGGUGCAACGCCUUGUCCACCUUUGCAAGUUGGAGAUUACGUAUUCACCAGAAUAAGGAAGCCAUCAGGUGAAGAGUAUUAUGUCCCCGGUGUUGUCAUAGCAAUACCAAAUAAAGCUGAUUUAGAUGAUAAACUCUACACAGUUUUGAAAUACAACAAUAAAAAGGAUCAUUGUGUUCGAAACGGGCUUAUUAAAAUUAGUCAUAGAAGGUACACUUGUUCCUGCUGCUACAUCAACAUGACCAAGAUGAUGGAUUACCUCAUACCAAAUGUGAAGGUUCCAAAGCACAUCCAUAAAGUACUCCCAGAUGCCGAGAGACAGAAAAAAUCUAUUUCUGUAGGAGGGGAUUGGAAGAAGAAGAAGAAGGACAGAGGAAGAGUUAACAGCAAAAAGGAGCGUUGUAAAGAAUGGACCAAAACUGUCUGUGAUGAGAUGUUUGGCCCCAGAAAUAAACGAAGAGGAAAUAGCUUAUCACCCUCUUUUCAUCGCAAAAAAGAAAGUACAGCUGCUUCCAAAACCUUCCCGCUCAGUUUUUCCUCAAGUGCUGACAAGAUCUGUCUGUCUUCAAGGACUUCUGACUAUAGGCCACACAAGGAUCUUUGGGGCUCUCACUAUACUUCUAUGUACCAUCAGAGUACCUCUGACCAGCCUACCAGUUAUAGCAGCAGCAGCAGCAGCAGUAGCAGUAGCAACACCUCCCUUUCCAGCAUUGAGAAGGUGGAAGAAUUGGCAAGACGGCUUCAGCAGUAUCACAUAGCUCAAAGGAAGGACAACUCCAGCAGUUGCAAAUAGAUA